CUCUGACGUGAAGUACCCUUCCUCCACACAGCCGGCUUUGUCAAGUCGUCUCGCACACAAGCAACCCAAAAUGGCGUCGGCUCCAGAUUACAGUUCAUACAAUCAGACCAGUGCCCAGCAAGGCUAUGCUUCUUACAGUGCCCAGCCUUCACAAGGAUAUGGACAGUCUGCACAGCAGGGCUAUGGUCAACAGGGCUACAGUGCAUAUGCCCAACCUGCUGCAGCUGACAGCAGUUACAGCCAGACAACACCUGCAACUGGAGGGUAUGCUCAACAGCAGCAACAGUAUGGGUCCUCAUAUGGCCAGUCAGCAUCAGCUGGCUAUCCUGCUGCCCAGGCUACUGCUCAUGGCUACUCCCAGUCAACCCAGGGUUAUGGUGCCAGUGGUUAUGACAGUACUCCUGCAGCUGCUGCUCCAGCUGCCUCUCAGUCUUAUGGCUCUCAGCCUGGAUAUACUGCCCAGUCUGCUUAUCCAGGCUAUGGCCAGCAGGCAGCUCCCACUGCACCACAGAGUUACAGCUCUAACAGCCAACCGGCUAGCUAUAACCAAAAUAGCUACUCUCAGCCAUCAGCAUAUGGUCAACAACAGCCUGGCUACCAGGCCCAGCAGUCAGGGUAUGGCCAGCAGCAAGGUGGCUACCAACAACAGACCCAGCAGCAGCAACAGGCUCCUCCUGCCUACCCACCCCAGAAUGCAGGUUCUUAUGGGCAGCCUCCAUCCAGCCAAUAUGGGCAGCAAGGUGGACCACCCAGUUACAACCAGUCAAACCAUUACAGUAAUUACAGACAAGAUGGCCAGGGUGGAGGGUCCAGUUACUCAGGCUCUGAACCUACAAGGUACCCAGGUGGCAGUGACAACAGGGGACCGGGCAGGGAUGGCUUCGACCGAGGAGGAAUGAUGCAUCGGGGUCGUGGUGGCAUGGGUCGUGGAAUGGGCAGCGCUGGAGACAGAGGUGGCUUCAGUAAGCCUGGUGGACCCAUGGGUGGCGACAACGAGCGUGAUGCUGGACGCCCUGAAGAGCAGGAUGACUCUGAGAACAGCACAAUCUAUAUCACUGGAUUGACUGAGAAGGCUACCUUGGAGGAGAUGGCUGAAUUCUUCAAACAUGUUGGCCCAAUCCGGAUGAACCGCAGACUGGGCCAGCCUGCCAUCAACAUCUACACAGACAAGGACACAGGAAAACCCAAAGGAGAUGCCACUCUGUCGUAUGAGGAGCCCAUCUGCGCUAAAGCAGCUGUGGAGUAUUUUGAUGGAAAGGAGUUCCAAGGCAGAAGACUGAAAGUAUCCAUGGCACGCCGUAAACCUAUGAUGGGUGGCAUGAGAGGCGGCAUGCCCAUGCGAGAUGGCAUGAUGGGUCGAGGAGGCAUGAUGGGCCGUGGAGGAGACCGUGGUGGAUUUGGGCCACGAGGUGGUCCACGUGGUAUGGGACGAGGAGGACCCACUGGAGGCAACAUGCAGCAGAGGGCAGGAGACUGGGAGUGUCCUAACCCGGGUUGUGGAAACCAGAACUUUGCGUGGAGGAUGGAGUGCAACCAGUGCAAGGCUCCCAAACCUGAAGGACUGGGUGGUGGCCCUCCAUUCCCACCUGGAGGUGACAGAGGCAGAGGUGGCAUGGGAAUGCGUGGAGGUAGAGGUAUGGACCGCGGUGGGCCAGCCGGAGCUGGAGGCCCAGGUGGCCCUGGAGGGUUCCGCGGCGGCUGGGGAGGUGAUCGCGGCGGCUUCAGAGGACGUGGUGGAAUGGAUAGAGGCGGGUUCCGCGGUGCAGGGCGUGGAGGACCACCCAUGGACAGAAUGGGUGGCAGAGGUGGAAGAGGAAUGGGCCCACCUGGGGGCAAGAUGGAUAUGAGGGACCACCGCCAGGAGCGCCGGGACCGACCCUAUUGAAAUACUUCUUGACCGUUCCUCUUGUGGAAUUUGAUUUUUAAGACAACAACUUUUAAUUUAUGAUUCCAUGUUUUGGUGGCAAUAGAAGUCUCCUGUGCGGUUAAAUUCAACAUGUUUUCUUAUUUUAGUUUGCCCAUCUUUAUGCUACAUUUGUACUUUGCAUGUUUGUUUUUUUUGUUGUCAUUUUUUUAAAAAUAUGCUGUUAGUUUUCACAUCGUAUUGUAAAAUGCUAUAUUUUUCAUUCGUUAACAUGGUUCCCCUUUCCCAUGACUGACAAUUGUAUGUUACAUUUGGGAAAUAAAAUUUUACUGAUUUCAUGAA